AUGAGCCAAUCCUCGGCCCUGGUCAGAAGUUGCGCCGGCCGCCUUACCGGCAAAGGCGCGCCGGCUGGCCCGGCGGGCACCGGGAAGACCGAGACCACCAAGGAGCGAUGCCCGGACGACUUGGGGAAGGCGCUAGCGGUACCCGUGAUCGUCUUCAACUGCUCAGAUGGCCCGGCGCUCGAAAGUUACCCCGGGCCCAUUUGUGAGCGAGGGCGCGAGGCGGGCGCCUGGGCCUGCUUCGACGAGUUCAAUCGGAUCCAGGUGGAGGUGAUCGCACAGCAGAUGCUCACAGUGACCCACGCCAUCCGCGCACGCAAGGAGUCACGAAGAUCUGAGGAGACCUUCGAGUUCGUGGGCCGCGAGAUUCCGCUGAACCCCCGCUUCGGGGUCAGGAAGCCCAGCGCGCGGAACGCGAAGAUCUCGGUCCCGAAGCCGGAGCCGAGCCCGAAGCAAAGCCAGCGUCAGGUCUUCAUUACCAUGAACCCCGGCUAUGCCGGACGUGCUGAACUGCCGGUUCCAGACUACUGCCUCAUUGCAGAGAUCAUCCUCUACUCAGAGGGCUUCGGGGAAGCUACUGGCCUGGCGCGGAAGAUGGUGAACCUCUACAGCCUCUCCAGCGAGCAGCUGUCCAAGCAGGACCACUACGACUUCGGGAUGCGCGCCGUGAAGUCGGUGCUGGUCAUGGCGGGGCAGCUGAAGCGGAAGUUCCCGGAGCUCUCGGAGGCCGCUCGAGCGGCCGCGUCCUGGGACGUGACGCUGAUCCGUGCGCUGCGGGACUCCAACGUAAAGGUCCCCAAGUUCUUGUCCUUCGAUCUCCCGCUCUUCUUUGGCAUCAUCCGCCCCUCGGGAGAUUUGUAUCCUGAUGCAGAUGUGCCCUACGCCGGGGUGGACUACGGCAGCCUGCAGAAGGAGAUCGAGCACCAGCUCCGCAGCUCGAAGCUGCAGGCGGUGCCCGCCUUCGUGGGUAAGAUCAUCCAGCUGCUGGAGACGCAGCUUGUGCGUCACGGCGUCAUGGCCGGGGUGGUGGGCAAUACCUUCAUCGGCAAGUCCACGAAGAUCCAGGUCUUGGCCAAGGCUUUGACCAAGCUCCGGCAGGCCUUCUCCGUUUGGUUCCCUGACCACACCAAAAGCGACUACUCUUCUGCAAAGGAUAUGAAGUAUCUGAAGUGGAGCCCCCCGUUCAGCGCGUCCGCGCAGCUUGUGCUUCACGCAAAGCGCUCGCAGCUUGGAGGAAUGGAGACAGGGCUAUUCAAGUCCGACCAAUCGACCUCCCUAUGGUUUGACAUGAGCAACGGCCACAGUGUCAAUGUCAUUUGGCUUGAAACGUGGCAGGAGUACAUGUCCGCCAAAGGGUCCAAAUUAAGCACCAUACCCAUGGAGCCACCCACCAUGUUCCCUUAUGCCGCAUUUCAUUUCCUCUUAUCACAAAGUGGCUACCGCAAAUCCAUCCGCGCGGAUUUCAUUCGCAACUUGGCCCGGCCGCACCUCGCUCGCGAUGAGAUGCAAGCCGAGGCCUCCGGGUGGUUGCCACGCAGGCAGUCCUGCUCGACCAGAUCAGAGGAACGCGCGGACAAGCCGGACCUGAAAUCGGGCCGAGCCUUCAGAAAGGAGGUCUUGCCAGACGAGAGGCUGAGCUUUGGGAAGCACAAGGGCCUCACCUUCAAGGAGGCCCUGCUGAGGGACCCCUACUAUGCCAUUUGGUGUUCCGAGCAGCCGGAGGCGAACUUGGCGAUGCGCCGGUUCCUGAAGUAUGCGGAGGACCAGGGCAUUGUGCAGCCCGCGAAGCGCCAGAAGGUGGGACACGUUCCGGAGCAGGCGGCUGCUUUGGACAGCUUUGCCUUCGGAGAGGCUCAGCAACAGCAGCAGCCGCCGUUCAAUGCGCAGGCUCAGCAACAGCAGCAAUCCUUCCCGCAGCAAGGUUUGCAACAGCAGCAGCAGCCGCCGUUGAAUGGGCAGGCUGCGCACAACCAGCAGCAAUCAUUUCCGCAGCAAGGUUUGCAACAGCAGCAGCCGAUGUUCAAUGGGCAGGCUGCGCACAACCAGCAGCAAUCCUUCCCGCAGCAAGGUUUGCAACAGCAGCAGCAGCCGCCGUUGAAUGGGCAGGCUGCGCACAACCAGCAGCAAUCAUUUCCGCAGCAAGGUUUGCAACAGCAGCAGCCGAUGUUCAAUGGGCAGGCUGCGCACAACCAGCAGCAAUCAUUUCCGCAGCAAGGUUUGCAACAGCAGCAGCCGAUGUUCAAUGGGCAGGCUGCGCACAACCAGCAGCAAUCCUUCCCGCAGCAAGGUUUGCAACAGCAGCAGCAGCCGUUCAACGGGCAGGCUGCGCACAACCAGCAGCAAUCAUUCCCUCAGCACGGUUUGCAACAGCAGCAGCCGCCACUUAAUGGGCAGCACCAAUCAUUCCCGCAGCAAGCUCAGCAGCAGCAGCAGCCGGCGUUUAAUGCACAGUUUCCGCACAAUUGGCAGCAAGCUUUCCCACAGCAAGGUCUUCAGCAGCAGCAGCAGCAGCAGCAGCCGCAGCAUCAGCAGCAGCCGUUCAAUGGGCACAACCAGCAGCAAGGAUUCCCGCAGCAUGGUAUUCAGCAGCAACCGCCGUUCAAUGGGCAGGCUCCGCCCAACCAGCAGCAAGGAUUACCGCAGCAAAGUCUGCAACAGCAGCAGCCGCCAUUCAAUGCACAGUCUCCGCACAACCGGCAGCAAGCAUUCCUGCAGCAUGGUCAGAAGCAGCAGCAGCCACCGUUCAGUGCGCAGUCUCCGCAAUACCAGCGGCAAUCAGUCCCGCAUCAAGCUCAGCAACAGCAGCAGCCGCCGUUUAAUGGGCAGGCUCUGCCCAACCUGCAGCAAGCAUUCCCGCUGCAAGCUCAGCAACAGCUGCAGCCGCCGUUGAAUGCACAGUCCCCGCACAACCGGCAGCAAGCGAUUCCACCGCAAGGUCUUCAACAGCAGCCGCCAUUUCAAGAGCAGGCUCCACAUAACCAGCAAUCCGCUUUUCAAGGUCAGCAGUCGAUCUACAGCAAGCCUCAGCAAAACCAGUAUGCACAGCACGUGCAAUGUCAGCGCCAAUGCCCGCAAGCCCAGCAAAUGCAGGGCCCAGGCUCAAAGGCCGAACGUCCAACUUCGAGGAAGGAGAGAGCUUCCCCCGGAGCUGGAGCGGAUGCCCUGGCAGCCUUUGAUGGAUCCUUCGAGGUGGAGCUCGGGCGCGAGGACUUCUGCCUCCUCUCCUCCAAGAAGCUCCCGGCCAAGGCCUAUGCAGCCUUAAAGUCCUUGCCAGGUGCCAAGAACGAGUCGAAGAAGCUCAAGUUCCACAGCGGCAAGUACAGCCAGGUUUUGCAGCGGCUCAGGGAGCUCUGCGGAGCGCACAAGUUGCAGGCGCCGCCCAACUGGGUGUUGGCGACUUUGCCCAAGUUCCGCCAGCACGGGCGAGUUCAGAUCUCCAAGAAGGUGGCGCACGUGUUGCUGGCGGACUUCCAGGCGCCGCUUCUGCCGGCGGAUGCGCAGAGCCGCGAGGGGAGCAAGGUGCUGCCUUACCAAAGGGAAGCAGUGGACUUUGCACUGCGCCGGGGCGGGCGGGUGCUGCUGGGCGACGAGAUGGGCUUGGGGAAGACUGCACAGGCGCUGACUCUGGCAGCACAGUUUCCAUUGGACUUUCCAAUGCUCGUGGUGUGUCCCUCCUCCCUGCGGGGGAAUUGGCGGGAAGAAGCUGCCCGCUGGCUGCCGCACGACCUGCUGCCUGACCCGGAGCGCCACGUGCAGGUGGUCCGCAAGGGCGCUGAGGCGCUGCGGCCCGAGGCGCGGGUGGUGGUGGUGAGCUACGACCUCGUGGCGCAAAACGCGUGUUUCCGCCAGACCCCAAGGGGUGCGCCGUACCGCCUGGUGAUUUGCGACGAGGCCCACUACUUGAAGUCGCCGUCCUCCCAGCGGUCCCAGGCGCUGCGCCCCUUGCUGCAGAAGGCCCGGCGCGUGGCGCUGCUCACCGGCACCCCGGCCCUCGCGAAGGCGGCCGAGAUCUACGCGCUCUUGCACUGUUUGUUGCCCGGGCUGCUGCCCGAGUCGCACCGGGAGUUCUGCGAGAGAUACUGCAACGAGAAGAAGAUCCAGAUCGGGCGACGGCAAGUGCAGCAGUGGGAAGGCUCCCGACUGGAAGACGAGCUGCAUGCGGUGCUCGACAUGGUCAUGGUGCGGCGGUUCAAGACGCAGGUCUUGAGCCAGUUGCCGGCGAAGCGACGGCAGCGGGUGCUGCUCGACAAGCUGAGCAACGACCAAGGAGCUCUCAAAGAGCUACGGGAAAAGCUGAAGGACUGCAAAGGACAGGAAGAGCAAACCAUUCAGGCAGGCGGGGCCCCGGAGCUUUUCAGGCUCACGGGCCUGGCGAAGGCGCAGGCGGUGGCAGAGUACGUUCAGUACCUUGUGGAGGCGGAGUGCCGGUUUCUGCUCUUCGCGCACCACCAGGCGGUCAUGGACACGCUGCAGCAGACCCUCGAGAAGCUGAAGACGGGAUUUAUCCGGAUCGACGGCAAGACGCCGCCGCAGAAACGCGAGGAGCAAGUGCGCGACUUUCGGGAGCGGAAGGAUUUGCAGGUGGCGCUGCUGUCCAUCACCGCCUGCGGGCAGGGCCUCAACCUGCAGGUGUGCUCUACAGUGGUCUUUGCUGAGCUGCACUGGACGCCUGGCAUCCUGAUGCAGGCGGAAGAUCGAGCACAUCGCAUGGGCCAGAAGGAGUCAGUGAAUGUGCACUAUCUGAUUGCCAAGGACACGCUGGACGAGAGCAUGUACCAGAUGCUGGAGCGCAAGCAGCACGACGUGGGGCUCAUGUUGGACGGCCAAGCCUCUCGCCUCAACGCCGAGAAGGUGGGCUCCAAGGGCACUUUCUCCAAGUCGGCGCCGGAGCUUCCGGGUGACGCACUGGUGCCAGCUGAAGCUGGCGACUCGAUCCCGAUGCAGGCUCCAGCUGCGUCGACAGGAAAUGAGCAGCACUCACGGCCCUUGGUCUUCAAGCCCGCGAGAGAGGCUGAGGCCAUCGAGGUCGAUGAGCUUCCGGUCGUGGAGAGCCGGCCUGAGCCCAUCGACAUCGACUGAGCUGGGCUUGAGCGGCACACUGCCUCAAUAAUUUUCCCAGGGCUGGGCUGGGGAGUGCAGGGCUGCCGCUGAGCAUCCAGCGGCGCGGGAUGGAGGAAUCGGAUCGAGGCAAGGGAAACCCCUGCGAUUGUGCUGGGGAAACCAC